AUGAACCCCGGUGAAACACCACCUGCCGGACAGCACGAGAACAGCAGGACGCCAAUGGGCGGGUCCCAAGACAUUGGGGCGGCUGCCUCCACCCAACUUCAAAGGGUGCUGGAGCCUGACGGGCAGUCUUUCAUGGGGGAGCUCUCCAUGACAUCGGCGCUGGUGGAGGUCGACGGAAGCUUGAGCGAGGAAUCCGCGGACAAUAUCAUAAAAGUCGCGGUGGACCUCCCACGAGAUAGGCCUCCUGGGAAUAACAAGUCUUCUCGUAAAGUGAGAGGGUGGCUGGAAAAUAUUCUGGAGCGCUACGGUGUGAUUGCCGACGAGGACGAGUGGAGGCGGUACAUGGAACUUUUCUUUGAAGAGAUCCACAUCUUAUACCCCGUCCUUCACCCACCAUCAGUCUGGGAAACCUUCAAUGGGCUUUGGGAGUACGGCGCCCUUUGGUCCAUGGCGGACUCGACCGAGAGGGAAGAGAAACGCCUCUCUGUGGCCUUGGUGUGUUUUUGCCUGGCUUUGGGCCGUGUUGGCAUGGCGCUGAUGCAAGACUCGGAACGAAUAAGCAAGACUGGUGCCACCUCCUUGCUCGGCCUGCAGAUUCUUGUGCUCCGGAUCUGCUACUGGUUCCGCCUCGACGCAACUCAAGAAUCAGCUCGUCUUGUCGCCCUUGCGGUCUCGAACGCACACAUCAUGGGCAUUCACCGACAAAGCAGGCUGGACACGGUGCCUUGCUUUCGGAGUCAACUCCUUACUCGAGUGUGGUGGUGUAUCUUUAUCCUGGACCGGCGAAUGGCCAUUGAGUCCGGGCGUCCAUUUUUUAUACAAGAAAACAACACCGAUACCGCUCUGCCGCUGGAUCUGAGUGACGAGUGGCUUGGCCGGUUCGCGGGGAGAACCGAUACGACGAAGGCACUGGAGGGCGAAAUCGAGAUCGAGCUUUCGGAGAAACAUGUCACGACAAUACCUUAUCUCGUCGCUAUGAUCCGAUAUUCCCGAGUGGUUGGCAAGGCUUGGGACCUUAUUUACGGGGUGAAAGCCAUGUCGAACCAGCCUGUUUCCCACAUGAUCGACUACGCAGACACGGUGCUGUCCAAUCUACUGGAGACUUUACCUGAAGACCUCACAUAUGACCCCGACCUACCGAAGGCACAAUUUGACAGCCGGAGGAGGCCCUUUGCACAGGGCAAGGGUGCUACCGACGUCACGAACGACAAUCAGCUCGAGUCAUUGACGAUAUGCGCAAGCCUGGCAUCAAGCAUACUCAACGCCCACAAAGGUCUGAACGAUAGCAGCAUGAAGCACUGCUUCCCAUACUGCCAUUACCUCCUUAGCUGCACAAUGGUCAUGACGAGCCUUGUGGCCAACGAGCCAGCGCUCAAGAAGAGACACAGAGAGGCCAUCCUGGCGGCCACGCGCUCUCUGAGGCUUUACUGCCAUACAAUAUGGGUUUCAGGGAAGAUGAUGAGAUGGGUUUCCAGACUCACGCUCCUGGCCCGCCGUGUACUGCAGGUAGGACUGAGUCAGAAAAACGGGCGACCACGGAGGAUGUCCGACGCGCCGCACAACCGUGACGAUGCGGCGGAGGAGACGCAGCCGCAACAACUCACGCCCCAGUCUGCUACCCAGGAAUUCUCCCAGGAUAGUAUCCCAAGUUUGUGCCCAACCAAUAAUAGUGGGCCUUCCUACGGCAUGCCUAGUCACACCGGGACGGUGUCAAAGCCUCAAGCUGGAAGAGAGGACCAGGGAGUGCCUCACAUGUGGCUCCUCGAUGGCGCGAGUACGGAGACGGGACUGCCAGAACUGCCUGAGUGGGUCAUGACAGAUUUCAACUUCGAAACAAUCAGCGGGGACGUCUUCGGGCCUGGGAACGCCAGCUUCAAGAACGCAGCGGGCAACUCGGAUGAGAUACAGGACAGUGGCAUGGGCCUCGAGAUGAGUAUGGGCGAGACGACGCUGGACGCGAUUCCCAACGGGAUGUACAGCCUCGACAUGAAUUUGGAUUAG